AUACUAUACUUUUACUCGUAAUAUUAAAAUAUGAGUAUUUUUUGGUGACUACAAUCAUAUUUCCUGUAACUUUGCAUUUUACUUCACCAUACUCACCACUGGAGGGCGCUGCAGGUACUCGAGCCUUGCUCAGCUACCCGGAUAUCCGUCUUCUUCUGUUAUGCCAGUAAACAUGGCGGAGGUCAGGCUCUGUUUUGGAAGAGGAGCAUUGGACAGAUUCUACCACUUUCACCUCCGGGAGAGUUCCAUUAGACGCGGUAACAGUUUAACCCAGACCUCGUCUCUGACCUCCGCCUUUCUGUCUGGUUGUUUUACAAAUGGCGGACUGCAGGGAGGUGAAAGAGCCACGAACAGAGUAACCGGUGCAGCCUCACGGGACAGUUACACAAGUGGGACAGUGGAUCCCGGUGCUGUGGAGGGUAUCUGUGGAAAUGGAAAUGUCGCUGAAUAUCAGUGUUGUCACGGACUUAAAGAUGUUUCACUUUAUAAUAAGACCCGGGGUCAGAUUACAGGAGAAACUCUGCCUCGGUGCUGGAGUCGUACGAAGUUGGGCAGGAGUUUCCUGUACACUCAACGGGAGUGCGGGGGACAGGUUGUGUUCAUCCGGGAGUUCGGGAACAAUAGUACCCGAUCCGAGCCCCUGUUCAGAACCAAGACCGGCUAUUAUGAAAUGCUGGAGGUGUCACCCAGCGCCACCCAGGCCCAGAUCAAAACCGCAUACUACAAGCAGUCCUUCGUCUUCCACCCGGACAGAAACGCCGGCAGCGAGGUGGCCACCGUCCGCUUCUCCGACAUCAGCGAGGCCUACACGGUGCUGGGCAACAAGGCGCUUCGGAGGAAGUACGACCGGGGGCUGCUCAGCCAGUCGGACCUCAUCUCGACGGCCAGACCCUCCCCCUCCUCCUCCAAGGACGGCCCCGGGGGCUCCGCCACGCAGCAAGCCGACCGCGGGCGGCCUGUGGCGGGCGCCUACAACCGAGGAGAAUUCUACGACUUCGACAAGUUCUUCAAGUCCCACUACAGCGAUCAGCUGCAGAGAGAGCGAGAGAUGCGGGCCCGCAGGGAGGACAUGCUGCGGGACAGACACGAGCCGAUGGUCGAGAGGAGGAGCAAGAUGAUGGAAAUGUGCGUCGGGCUCAUGGUGGUGAUGGCUCUGUGUUUAACUUACAGUCUAAAACGGGGGUGAUGGAGGAACGUGGACCCGGACACGGCUGCUGGACAUUGACAUAGAUUCACCGUGCCCUUGAAUGGUCACCACACUUCACACUACUGGGGAAAACACCGCCCCUGUACCAACUCUUAGGAACAGACAUGAAGCUCCAUCAUGUUUUGUUCCUAGAGAGUGAUUUUCUAUAGAUCACACUGUCUUCAUGCAAGCUGCUAACCAAACACCGGACUGGUAUAGAAGCAUAGAGCUGCAACAAUUCAUCUCCAAACAUCCACUGUCACGUCAUUAUCAAUGAAUUAGUAUGUCACAAAACAUCCCUCAAGAACAAAUGAGAGGAUUUGUUGCUUUUCUCUAUCGAGAAAUACCAAAGUAAAUGUUUGGUCAUAUUUUAGACUAAAUUAUUAAUUAGUGAUGAAAACAAUCCACAUUUGCAGCGUGUAUAUGACUAAUAAUUCACCAGAGGACAAGUGCAGUGAUCUUCUUGUCACUGUGUGAAGUCUGUGUUUAUUAUGUGUUGUUAGAACAGUUAAAUGUCACCUGUUUCAUUACCUCCAUCAAGGAGGUCCGAUUUUCACCCAUGUCUGUUUGUUUGCUGGUUUGUAAACAAGAUUACAUAAACAAACUCAAACCUCAGUGGAUGGAUGUGGUUUGGGUCGAGGAGGAAAGAAGAUGUGAGAACUUUGUGCAAUAACAGACUUUUUUUCAUUUCACAAUUUCUGCAGGGAAUAAUUCAUGAGUAUUGAUGAACAGGCAUCAGUAUGGAAGUGGUAUCUAUGAAAUUUGGGGCCACUUGAAUUCAUUGUCGGGCCUUGGGGGAGGUAAUGGUCUCUGUUGAGUGUCAUUCUAAUUCUGUACUGUUUUUACUCUGUGGGUUUUUAUUUGCCACCCAGUUCGUCAGUGACACACACUCAGUGCCAGUGCUUGUCCUCCGUGCCACAUGUUGUUGGCAUGUGACCACAUGCUGAUGGAGGAAGAUCCACUGGUUGGUUUACAACCUGGUAAUGCUUCAGUUCAACUCCUUUUGGCUUUUGUAAAGUCAUCUGCCUCAACAGUUUGUUUUUGACCCGGGUUUAUUGCAAUUUAUAAAAUAUUUAUAGCAAUAUAAAGAAUGUCAGAUGAGUCAGUUCUUGAAAAUGCAUUAAACAGGGGCAUUCAGGAUCUGUAAGCUUAUGCUCACAUAGGGAAGUUAAAGAAUGUGCCUUGGGUAAAAUUUAUUGUACAAAUCUUUGGUUUUAUUUUGUGCCGAUAUUUAAAGAAUAAAUGAUUAAUGUUCAGAGCCUGUCAGAGCUCAGUGA